GUCGUCGACCUUCGCAGAAAAGCCCUACCUGCGGUUCGAAUGCCGAUGAGAACGUAGGGGCUAAGGUUGUCGUCCAUGGCGACGCAGCCUCAGAGGCGGUGCCUCUACGAGGUUCUUGGCGUCCCCCGCGACUGUUCCCAGGAGGAGAUCCGCUCCGCCUACAGACGCCUCGCUCUCCAGCGCCAUCCCGACAAAGUUGCUGCCUCCGGUGCUGCUGACGCGGCCUCAGCCACCGCCGCCUUCCAGGAGCUUCUCCACGCCUACGAGAUUCUCUCCGAUCCGAAGGAGCGCGCCUGGUACGAUUCCCACCGUUCCCAGGUCCUCUUCUCAGACCCCUCUGCCUCCAAGGGCCACAAGCCGUCCGCUUUUUUCGACCUCGAUCUUUUCGACUUCUUCUCGAACUCCGCCUUCUCCGGUUAUUCCGACAACGGCAAGGGUUUCUAUAAGGUAUAUGGCGACCUCUUCGCCAAGGUCUACGGACAAGAGGCCUGGUUUGCGAAGCAGAUGGACUUGGGCGCUUCUGCUCUCGCUCCUGCUCCUCUCAUCGGUAAUCUUGAUAGUCCAUAUUCGCAAGUUACUGCUUUUUAUAAUUAUUGGCUUGGCUUCUCUACUGUGAUGGACUUUGGAUGGGUGGAUGAAUAUGAUUCUUCGAUUGGACCUAAUCGGAGAUCCAGACGUGCUAUGGAGGAGGAGAACAAAAAAUUGAGGAAGAAGGCAAGAAGGGAAUACAAUGAUACCGUGCGUGGGUUGGCAGCAUUCGCAAAGAAGAGGGAUAAAAGGGUGGUUGAUAUGACGAUAAAGAAGAAUUUGGAGGAAGAAAAAAGGCGGGAAGAAGAGAAGGCAAGGAAGAAGGAAGAAGAAAGGAAGAAGAUGGAGAGGGCAAAGUUGUACCAAGAGCCUGAGUGGGCAAAAGUUAAUGUGGAGGAGGAGGUGUUUGAUGGUUUUGAAGAUGAGAAUGAUAAAAAGAAAAAUGUUGUUGAAGAGUUCUAUUGUGUGGUGUGCAAUAAAAAAUUUAAAUCAGACAAGCAAUGGAAGAACCAUGAGCAAUCAAAGAAGCACAAGGAUAAAGUUGCUGAACUGAGGAUGACAUUUGAGGAGGAUGAAGAGAUUGUAGAACAGGAAGAUAAUCCUCGAGAGUCAGAAGAGAGUGAUGUUUUUGAGGAGAUUGCUGAAAAUUUUGAGGAUGAUUUGGAGUUGUCAGAGAAUGAAGAGGAAGCAGGGCAUCCUGGGGAUAUAGAAUUGCAGGAGGAUAAUAAUGAAGAGGAGCAUGCCAAGGAGGGAGAUGAUGAAGCUAACAUUUUGGAAGCAAUGGUCACGGGGCGUAAGAAUAGGAAAAAUGACUACUUUAACCGUUAUGAUUUGUUGUUGAAUAACAAUCCUAAUAAUGUUAAACAAAGAAGCAUGGAGUUUGGUAGCCAAAAAAGCGGCCCCAAGAAUAGCACAUCAACGCAAGGGAAUAAUGAAGCUGCUUCUGAAGUUAAGGAGAGGGAUGAUGUUAGUAGGGAAGAAACAGAUGUUCAGAACCAAGAAUCAAGCCCCUUGUUGAAUGAUGAAUCUCCUCAUUCACCGAAUGACACGUCAGCAGCUAGUAGAAAAGAUCUAUCUGCUCGAAAGAAUAAGAAAUCCAAAAAACAACAGGCUGAUGGCAAAGGCACUGGAAAGAAUGCUUCACCUCCUGACUCAAACAACUUAUCUAGAGGAAAGAAGCAAAAGGCUAAAACUUCAAAAGCGCUAUCUAACGAGUGUGAGACAUGUGGGCAAUGCUUUGCUACAAGGAAUAAGUUAUCUGCGCAUCUUGGUGACACUGGCCAUGCAUUUCUGAAGUACAAGUGAAACACAGACUUUUGGAUCAAGUAAUUAUCAAGACAAGCAAUUUUGACAAUUCUUUUCAGAGAAUUUUCCCUUUGUUUGCCUGCGUUUUUUGCUUGGUAAACAGGUAUAGUAAGAUUUAUCUGAACCCAUUGAAGAUAAGUAGAUAGUCUUUGGGAUUUCAGAUAUAUGCACGGAGACGUAUUUUCUUUUAAAUUGGCAAGACAUCAUAUUCUUUUAGCAUCGAAAUUAUAGAUGUAUGAUAAAUUUUGAGAAUUAAUUUUAUUGAUUGUUUUUCUUAAAUAUCCUUGUGUAUUCCUUACUCAACUUCCACAGUUGUAAUGUUUUCUGCAUGGAUAAUGAAAUUCACAAUGGAGAAGUUUGAAGUUUGUGAGCUA